AUGCAACCAGAAAAUGAUACAUGGGUAUCAGAAUUCUUUCUUCUGGGAUUAUCAGAGGAACCAGAACUUCAGUCCAUCAUAUUUGGGCUUUUCCUCUCCAUGUACCUGAUCACAGUCUUUGGAAACCUGCUCAUCAUCCUGGCCAUCAGCUCUGACUCCCAUCUCCACACUCCCAUGUACUUCUUUCUUGCCGACCUGUCCUUUGCUGACAUCUGUGUCACCUCCACCACCGUCCCAAAGAUGCUGCUGAACGUCCAGACUCAGAGCCAAGUCAUCACCUAUGCAGGUUGCAUCACACAGAUGCACUUUUUCAUAAUCUUCUCAGGGUUGGACAUCUAUCUCCUGGCUGUGAUGGCCUAUGACCGUUUUGUGGCCAUCUGUCAUCCCCUGCAGUACAUGGUCAUCAUGAACCCCCGGCUCUGUGGACUGUUGCUUUUGGUGUCCUGGAUUACAAAUGUCUUGCAUUCCUUGUUACAGACCUCAAUUGUGUUGCAGCUGUCCUUCUGUAGAAAGGCAGAAAUCUCCCACUUUUUUUGUGAACUCAAUCAGAUGAUCCAACUUGCCUGUUCUGACAGCUUUCUCUAUAACAUGGUGAUGUAUUUUGUAGCUGUCCUGCUGGGUGGGGGCCCCCUCCCUGGUAUCCUUUACUCUUAUUCCAGGAUAGUUUCCUCCAUAGUUGGGAUCUCAUCAGCUCAGGGCAAGUAUAAAGCAUUUUCCACCUGUGCAUCUCACCUGUCAGUUGUCUCCUUAUUUUUUUGUACUGGUCUUGGAGUGUACCUCAGCUCUGCUGCUCCCCAGAACUCCCACACGAGUGCAGUGGCCUCAGUGAUGUACACAGUGGUCACACCCAUGCUGAACCCCUUCAUCUACAGCCUGAGGAACAGAGACAUAAAGAGGGCUCUGAAAAGAGUCACUGGGGUUCCAGUGAUGUAA